UGGAGGAGUGUAGAGGAUAGGAACCCCCGCACGCUCGCAGACUAUCGAGCUCGUGAGAGGGCCGAGGAUGAUCCCUGGAGGCGGAGAGAUGAUGAGAUCGAUAGAGAUCGUCGCAUCGACCGAUAUCGCCAGGAGGAUGGGUAUUACAGAGGUGGACGAUUCGAGUAGUACCCACGAAGCCCUAGGUACGACUAGAAUCCUGAUGGUUUCCGGAGCCCUGGGAACUUUACGCACAGGGAAGGAGGAGAUUUCCGCGGACACUGGGAACCUGAUGGGGAUUGCAGAGACGGAUAUCGUGGAGGAUAUGAUAGGGCGGAUAGAGGCGGAGACAGACGAGCCGACUCCAGAGGAGAGAGACGUGCCGACUUUAGAGGAGACAGGCGUGAUGAUUCUCGAGGGGAACGGCGAGACGAUUCCCGUGGGCGAUAUGACCGAGGAGGGUAUCCUGGAUCGUCAGGUUUCGAGUGUGACCGCCAAGGCAGACCGUGCGGCGACGGUGUUCCUUGAUGGUAAGGAAGGGGUGCCUCCCGACAAGUUUUAUAUCCUAGGGAGCGCAAUGGUCGAGGUCAUUCAUGACGAUGAGGAGACCCUUGAAGGGGUGAUCAACAAUGGAAGUGAGGAUGUCAUUAUAGACGAGGGCCUCGCUGUACGGCCAGGGCUCGACUUAGACAGAUCCUACCGUUUCGAGAUCGAGACUGCAGCGGGAAAGAAGCAGAAAGUCACCGGUGUUUGUCACAAGGCGGCGAUAGAGGUCGAUGGAUUGCGCAUUGAGAUGCCAGUGUUUGCUGUCAAAGGCUGCAAUUCAGAGCUACUCUUAGGACGCACCUAGUUGAGUCACGUUCAUGCUGUCACGAUAGAGCGACCAGACGGGAGCCAGAUGCUAUCGAUUAAACGACCAGAUGGUGGUCGGAUAAUGAUAGAGACAGUCGAGUCUCGCGAUCCAAGGAACAGAG